AGCUCUACUAUAAAUACUCUAUAUUUCUGUUAGCAACAUAGCACUAAUUUGAUGGCUUGAGUGCUUUAUCCACCAAAGUAGCAAAAAAUGGAUUUGCAAGAAGCCCAAAAUGCAUUUGUGAAGAUGUUAGCUGACAUCAAUAAGGAAGAUGUAGCCAAUUUCUUUUGUUGGAUACAGUCUUGUUGGUUGACAUCAGAGUGCUUAGGUGAAGCUCCUGCAGUUGCAUUUACAAAGUUAAAAAGAAUUGCUGAUGACAUUAGAGGAAUGGUCCCUCAGUGUGGUAUUUUACCUUCUGAGCAGAUACAAACUCCAGCAACAGGAGAAAAUGCAGAUUGUGACCCCCAUCAUACAGUCCAUGUUGAUGCUUUUCUUUAUGAAGAAGAACAUAUUGAUGACUUGGUUGCAGAGGGAAAGAUGAGUCGAAACUAUUGCAAGAAAUGUGGCUCACAUGAGGUUGCUCCAUUAACUUUUAUUUCCCAUUCCAUGUCCAUCCAAAGAGUUGGAUUCAUUUUUCAAAGUUUGCUUCCUGAUCUAGAAGGGAAAGUUGUUUUCGAUGUGGGGUCUCGUCUUGGACCUGUACUUUGGGGGGCUUAUGUGUAUACCAGAGCUAGGAAAAUCAUAGGUGUUGAGAUGAAUGAAGAACUCUGCAAAAUCCAGAAGUUUAUUAUUGAAAAGUAUAAAAUGGGAGACAGAAUUGAGGUCAUCUGCAGAAACAUAUGUAGUGUUCCUCAGAUAACUGAAGCUGAUGUUGUUGUUCUCAACAAUGUCUUUGAAUUCUUUUUGCCUCAAGACAUCCAGGUGAAAACUUGGCAGUUUUUAAGAAGUAGUAUCAAACAGGGGACAAUUCUUGUCACUAUUCCUAGUCUUGAAGAUAUUUUUAAGCAAGUAAAGUCUGAAGUGGAUGUGAAGAGUUGGGUGAAGAAAAGACCUAUCACUGACCCUCUUGUGGCUAUGACUGCUCAGGAUCAAGAAGAACUUUCAGAAGUUGUCACCUAUGAUGUUCUGUAAUAUGUGGGUUCCUCAUGGUGUUAAUCAUCGCUUGUAAACUGCACACAUUGUUUGACUUCAACAGACAAUAACGAGAAUCUUCAUGCUUGAUUAUAUGACAUUGUUUACCUUGUUGUAAUACACAAGAGUCCAUAACAACUUGAGAAGUAAAAGUACUUCUCAAAUACAAUGUUCCUAUUGUGAAUUUAACAAAUUAUAAAUGAAAGUUGUUUUUAUUUGAUUGCACCUAUAAUUAAUCAACUGAAAAUAUCUACUAGUUUGUUAUAACUUUUUUUUUACCCUUCCACCUAUUGGUAACACAUUGUCCAGUAAUGCAUGAUAUUAGUUUAAUUCUAAUAACUUGUGUAUUUCAUCAUAUUUACAAAUACAGUCACUUGAAACAUUAGCAUAGAAAACUGAUGAGUUCUUUUUUUUUCAAAAAUUGAGCUUUUUCAAAUGUUUUUUUUUAAGAAUUAAACACCAAGUGUUAUAUUUACUGUUAUCCAAAAAUAGCAUGCACAUCUUCUAGAAAGUGGAAGUGUUUCAUGUGCCAUUGUACCAGGCUAUUAUAUAGGCAUUGAGAUAAUAGGUUAAUUGGUGUUCUUAUUUUAUUCUCAAUUUAAUUUUUUUUAUUUGUUACACAAAAUGAAAAAUAUUUCCAUUACUUUUCAGUAUUUAUAGUAGUAAGUAUACCAUAUAUAUAUUAAUGAAAUAUUUCUAAAUUUUAUUUCAAUGCAUGUACAUAGAAAAAAAUAUUUUGCUCAAUUUUAUGGACUUUAUGCUGCUUCAGAGGCAAAUCUAAUAGUCUUCUAUCUUACAAUAAUUUAUUGAUAUAAAUCAAGCAAAUGCAAGAUAUGAUCAUUCAGGCUUGUGAAAGCAUUUCUUAUGUAGUUACUUGAAAUUAUAAAAGUUAUUUGGUAUGAUUACAAGGCACAGAGAUUGAAGAUGAUAACAAUGUUUCUAUCUGUUAUUCAUGUUUUACAAGUUGCUAAACUGUGAGUGAAUUUACUUCCGAUAGUGUAUAUAUGAAUUUUUAGAGUAAUUUAAUGAAUAAAAUGACAGAAAAUGUAUUUUGAAAGAAUAAAUAAGCUUUGUUUUU